AUGGACAAAGACACUGUAGUAGAGAGUCAACACGCUUGCACUUAUGCAGCGCUGCUGCUUUCCGACGGCGGUGCCGAGAUAACGGCGCUCAACCUCAUGAAAGUCAUGCGCGCGGCCAAUGUCGAAAUUGAGCCGUUCUGGGCUGAUUUGUUCGCCAAUGCACUGUCCGGGCGAGAUAUCCAUGAGCUCGUGGUCAAGGCUGCUUUGGAAGGUCAAGGCCCAGCCACAGCUACCAACGGCAACAGCAGCGGACAAGGUCAGAAACCGGCGGAGGAGGAAAAGAAGGAAGAGCCACGGCCAGUAAGCUCCGACUCGGACUCGGACGACAUGGGCUUCGGCCUCUUCGACUAA